AUGUUGGAUGGGAAAUUCUGCGCCUUCGCCAACUUCGCCUCAGUCUUCGAGGCGGAGCGGGCCAUCGCGGAUCUGAAUGGCUUCCAAAUGGGAAAUGGCCCUGGGCUCAAUGUGAAGCCGGCUGCCAACAAGUCGCCCGGAGCGCCACCCGUCGCCCCCGCCGCGCCGGUGCGCACGCCCAUCGGCACCAUCGGCACCAUCGGCACCAUCGGCGCGCGCUCCGCCAUCGGGACGAUGGGGACGGCGGGUCUCCCAUCACCGCGGGGCGAGGCUCAGCCCGCGCCCUUGCCCGAGCUCUUCAUCGGGCGACUGCCCGCAGGGACGCAGCUGCAGGAGGUCGAGGACUUGGUGAAGCCCUACGGCGCCCACUCCGUGCGUCUCCUGGACGGCAAGAACUGCGCCUUCGCCUCCUUCGACCGCUGGGCGCAGGCGGAGGCCGUGAUCGCGGAGCUGAAUGGCACGCAGCUGCGCCAGGGCGAGGAGGGGCUCAACAUCAAGCUGGCCGACAUGAAGGGUGCGGCAAAGGGUACGCCCCAGGAGCCUAAGGUGUUCAUAGGUGGCAUCGGGCCUAUGAUCACCCAGGAGGAUAUGUACAGGACCUGUGAGCAAUUUGGGGGCGUCACGCAUUGCAAGAUCUUUACGAAGAACGACAAGUCUUUGCCCUGCGCCUUUGUGACCUUUGCGUCCUUCACGGAGGCCGAGCGCUGCAUCCAGAGCUUGCACGACCAGUCGCAUGCCAUUGCCGCAGAGGGAAAGAUCCUUGUGGCAAAGAUGGCGGACUUGGCGAAGAGCGCGAAAGCCCCUGCCAUUCCACUUGUGGCAGCACCCGUCCGCUUUGAGCGCUUUGACCGGCGACCAGCUAUGCCCGUGGUGCAGCAAAUCCCCGUGCCCAUGAAGCGUGUGCAACCUGCCCCCUCCGCUUUUGAGGAGCGGAAGAGUAGCGAGGACCCGCGGCCCAUGGGCGGUGGAGUGGGCCAGAAGCUCUUCAUCGGUGGCUUGCCCGAGGAGGCCAACGAGGACUUCCUCUGGGGCAUGAUGGCACCCUUCGGGCGCGUGGCCGAGGUGAAGAUCCUCCGGAAGUUCAACGCCACGCCCUGCGGCUUCGCGCGCUUCGAGGCCCUGAACGACGCGGAGCAGGCCCUGGCCGCGCUGCAGGAGGGGCGCUUCACGGUGAAGUUCGCGGAGCGCACGGGCACGAAGCGGCCCGCGGGGAUGGCCUUCGACGCCGAGCGGAUGCAGCAGAACGGGCGCAGAAAGCUAAACAGCUUUGGGACGAACCUGCACGGGAAGCUGCAACCAUGUAGCAUUGCGGCUCCAGGCGAGAUCUGUUGCCCUCAGGUUGUAGUUGCCAUGCCUUCCAAGGCGUGCUCGGUGGCUCUUGCCAGCGCUGGUGCCUAUGCGGCUGCCCAGGCCUUCCUGACUCCAUCUGCACCGCAGCUGAGCCGGGAACAGCAGGUGCGGCACCUUCGCCAGCAGCCGGCUGAGGCGGCCACUUCCUCCUCCUGCGCCGCUGCAGGGGCGCUGGCGCUUGGCGUUGCUGGCGUGGCAGCGGCGACCGCGCAGAGCAAGCGCGCCGUGCGGCGCCAGGUGGUCCGUCAGGCGACGGCCACCGCAGAGAAGACGGAGAAGGCCUUCGCAAAGAUGCCGGCGUCCGUGAAGCCAGGAGUGGUCACGGGCAAGGCGCUGGUGGACCUGCUGAACUAUGCCAAGGAGAAUGAGUUCGCCAUCCCUGGCGUGAACUGCGUGAGCAGCAGCUCCAUCAACGCCUGCAUGGAGGCGGCAAAGAAGGCCAAGGGCACCGUCAUGGUGACCUUGUCCCGCGGCGGUGGCCAGUUCAUUGCCGGCAAAGCUGCGGACAACACCGACGAUGCGGCCUGCAUUGCGGGCACCGUGGCGGCAGCUCUCCACGUGCGACAGGUGGCCAAGCUCUACGGCGUGCCUGUGAUCCUCCACACGGACCACUGCCAGAAGGCCUGGCUGCCAUGGUUCGAUGGCCUCAUGGAGGCAAACGAGGAGUACUUCAAGCUGCAUGGCGAGCCCCUCUUCUCGUCCCACAUGCUGGACCUGUCGGAGGAGCCUUUGGAGGAGAACAUUGCCAUUUGCAAGAAGUACUUGGAGCGAAUGGCCAAGAUCGACAUACUGCUGGAGAUGGAGUUGGGUGUGACUGGCGGCGAGGAGGAUGGCGUGGACAACACAGAUGUGGACUCUUCCCGUCUCUACACGCAGCCUGAGGAGGUUUGGCAGGUCUACGAGGAACUCUCCUCCGUGCCCAACGGCAACUUCACAGUGGCAGCUGCCUUCGGCAACGUGCACGGGGUUUAUGCCCCGGGCAACGUGGACCUGAAGCCAGUGAUCCUGCACAACACUCAGAAGUACGUGAAGGAGAAGCUGGGCUGCGAGAGCGACAAGCCCAUGUCCUUUGUCUUCCACGGCGGUUCCGGCUCCUCGCUGGAGGACAUCCGCUAUGCCAUUGAGGCGGGCGUGGUGAAGAUGAACAUUGACACCGACACCCAGUGGGCCUUCUGGGAUGGCAUGAACCAGUACCAGAAGAAGAACAAGGACUACCUGCAGGCCCAGAUCGGCAACCCGGAGGGGCCCGAGAAGCCCAACAAGAAGUACUACGACCCUCGCAUGUCCCUGCGAGCAGGCGAGGAGGUGAUGGCAGACCGACUGGUGCAAUGCAUGGAGGUCCGACCGCUCGCAUGCACUCGCCCGCAUCGACCGCUCCCGGCAGCCUCGUGGCUCCAGCUCAACGAAGUCGAAGUCAUGUCGAAGCCCUACAGCACCUUCCAGGGUGCCUACUCCCGGCAGGGCCAGAGCGGCAUGCCCCACAUGGACCACGACAGCAGCUUCUCCCACGGCAAGCGCAAGCGCCUGAAUGCAGCAUCCAUCAUCAUCAAUGUCCUUGCGCCAUGGCUUGUCUUCUGUGGAGUCUUCGCUGCCAUGUCCUUCUACACACACUAUGCCAGUCCGGCUCUGGCAUGGUUGGCAGUGGCAAUAGGCUUGUCUCUGGCUGCCGUCGCAGGUGCCCUGGCCUACCGCACCAAGUCCAGAGACCGCGACCCCACCUGGUACACCUUCGCAUGCCUUGCCAUUGGGAUUGCCACCAUCCUUGCAGCAGUCCUUGGGGACAUGAACUUCUGGUACAACUUGCAGCCCUACUACGACAUUGAGAACAUCAACACCUACCCGGCAGUGAACCCUGCCCGCGAGAAGGGGCAGCAGCUCAUGGAUGCGGGCCGCGUGUAUUUCGAGGAUGGCACCGGGCUUGACACCAGCAAGAGUCGCGCCUUCCAGAACCUGGAUCGGUACUGCGUGGCGCCCAUCGUCUUUGGACAGGAGCCGUUGGCUUCUUAUGACUUCUGGGCAGUCGGGGUGAACUGCUGCAGUGGGAGCACCGCCGACUUCCGCUGCGGCGAGUCCGACAACCCCAAGGCACGCUCUGGGCUGCGGCUCAUGCGCGAGGACCAGCGGCCCUUCUUCCGGCUGGCAGUGCAGCAAGCCGAGGCAGCCUACAACAUCAAGGCGAACCAUCCGCUCUUCUUCUACUGGAUGCAGGACCCAGUGGCCGAGGUCAUGAAGUACCGCAGUGAUGGAUUUAAGUACUCCUUCAUCGCCAUCGCCGGGCACUUCGCGUUUAACCUCCUCUGCGUCGUUGGGGCCGCGUUUGCCUUCUCCAAGAUCAGCCACGAAUUCUGAGAGGCUUGACAGACAUGCACGCUGUUGCACACAAAAAUGCCGACUUCAGCCUGCU